CAUCUGUUGGCAGGUGUGCACUGACUCUUUCUCCUCUGAAGCUCCACUCACUACAUGCUACGUCCUGCAUUGGAUUUGGGCUUGUUAUCCGGAACAAAAGGCUAACCUCACGUUUGUUUUUGCAUCUAUUCUGAAGCUACCUCUGAUCUGAGGAUGUUGCAGCGAUAGACAAGAGCUUCCUCUUUUAUUGUCACACUCAGCCGGCAUCCUCAGCUGUUGCUCCGCAGAGUCUGAAGUCGGAAGCAACAGAAAAGGCCAAACUAUGCGACUGGGCACCAGACGGUAGCCGGAUCCACGCUAUAUCCGACUCCGGAGCGGAUGCGAGCGGAGAUUGCUCGCGAGCAGAGGAGUAUUUUCGCUUUGUUGGAGUCGGAGCCGUGCCCAUGGAGAAGUCGACUCCACCGCCCCAGCCUCAGCCCCAGGUCCAGCUGUCGAUAGCGAAGACCGAAAGUCCCGCGGAGGACAUCUCGGGUCUCACGGACGAUGAGCUGCAGAAGUGGAGCAAAGAGGAGCUGGUGCGAAGGCUUAGACGCUCCGAGGCCGACAAGAUGAGCGUGAUCCUGGACCACGGCAAUCUUAUCCGAGAGGUCAACCGCAGCCUACAGCUUCACUUGAACGAGAUCAGGGGGCUCAAGGACAUUAACCAGAAGCUGCAGGAAGACAAUCGUGAGCUGCGGGACUUAUGCUGUUUCCUUGACGAUGACCGCCAGAAAGGCAAGCGUGUGUCCCGGGAGUGGCAGCGUUUAGGCCGCUACAGCGCUAGCAUCAUGCGCAAAGAAGUCUCACUGUAUCUCCAGAAACUGAAGGAGCUGGAGCAGCGCCAGGAAGAAGUCAUCCGGGAGAAUAUGGAGCUAAAGGAGCUGUGUUUGAUGCUGGAUGAAGAGAAAGGCUUGGCGUCAGGAGGAGGAGGCGGGACAGGAAGUGGAGGUGGUGUAGGGGGCUGCCGUAACUCCAUAGAUAGUCAGAACAGUCUGUUGUUGGUGCCUGGACAAGGACUUCUCAUGAGAGAUGUGGGAGAUGGUAGCAGUACAUCCAGUGCAGGUAGCGCCGAGAGUUCAGACCAUCCACAUCACAAGCAAACGCAUCUGACUGUGGGCGUGGCCAAUGUGGGUAGCGCUGUAGACAAGGGCAGCCCGGAGAUAGUGCACAAGCCCAGGUGCAGCAGCAUCAGUGCGAUAGGGGGUAUAACCGGUUUAGACCGGGACAUGUCCAGUCCUGAGCACCCUGCUGGGCGCCACCGCAGCACCAGCUUAGAGUACCCCUACACUCUACCCCAGCUGUGCCGACCUCGCUGCGGGUCCAUCUCUGUGCCUGACCAUAGCCGAGUCAUGAGGGGACUGAGCCCGGAGAAAUAUGGCAGGAAUAUUGGGGGCCGGAGUCCAGAGCAGCACCCAAAGCACCACAGCUCUGAUUUAGUCCUGGGGCAGAGGCAACACUACCUGGGCACGGGGGGCAGCGGGGAGCUCUUCCAAAGGCACCAUAGGAGUAGCAUCAGCAGUACAGGAUGUGGAAGUCCCGAACAUCGCCAGGGGCAUCAGGGGUCAUCUGAACUUCAUGAGAAAAGUUUUGUGGUCCAAGGAGGGAGCCCUGAGACACACCGACACCAAGGGGCAGAGGAGGGCCAACACGGACGAACUGUCACCCCACCAUCGGACCAUUUACAACGGCAUGAACGCUUUGAUAUCGGCCGGAUGCUGCACCAACAACUGUAGAAACGUCAAGCUAUGGGACAGCUUCGACGCCUCUUCUUGACCAUAGCUUGACUUUGCGACUCCCCAAAGAACGGAAAAGACGCCCCCUGCUGUCCUGGAUAUCUGAUCUCCUCUGCUGCAAGUCUUCAUAUUAGUGACUCAGGAUAGUCAUUGUAAGGCUAUUUCUCCACGUUUGCAACCUUUUCAGUUUCACAAGAAUUUUGGAUGCGGGCAUGUCGGUUUAUGAAGGAAUUUGUAUCGUCCCUGCCAACUGUGAGACUUCCAGGAACGCACAAAGACAUGGGAGUUUGCUGCUUACUGUUUACAAAAGUAGACCAUCCACAAGAAGCACAUUCACCGUUGGCUUCAUACCCUUUAUUUCCAUAUUCUUCCCUAGCAGCCAUCGUCCUCCAGUAAUUUCAAAGGUGCUUGUUUUAAUCAUCACCAGUGUGUAUUGAGAUGUAUUGUAAUAUUUUGUCUUUGGGUGAUUAGAGUGUGUUCUUCAUAUCUGCAACUCACAAAUCAGGCAUUACAUUAUGACCACUUGCCUAUAUAUACAGCCUCUUACUCCCUUCCGUCAGAAGUUUUGAUGGACACCGGGAACCAGCUAUUUCUUCAUUGAAUCGCUGACCUCUACAGACAUGGACCACUACACAAGAGCCAGUGUUGUCUUUUAGCUUUGCAGGCACUUGCUGUGUAAUAUACCCCACAGUUGCCAUUAAGCAGACAUCACGUGUGCUAUUGACGUGUCAGUGGUCAUGGUGUAAUGCUUGAUCAGAGUGUUCAUUCAAACUGAACUUUUAAAAGCAAAACUGCAAUUGUGUAUUUGUCAAAAGCUGUUCUAUCCUGUGUCUUAAACCAAAAUGGUGGACUUUAGCUGCUCACAGAUAAUCUACUAUUACUGUAGUUCUAUAAGAUGCAAUGUUCAGGUGUCAUGUUCUUUUUAGUCAUUUUUGCUCCCUCUAAGCGCCUAUAUACUAAAGCUGGGGAGACACUUAUCAGUUUCUCCAUAUUGUUUUUUACAAGGUCUGAGUAGACUAUUGGAUUAGUUUUAUAUCUAUAUAUCUCUACGUAAAUAUG